AUGACUUUUGUAGCUAAGCAAUGGGUUUUCUUGCCCGUCGUAGGAGUGGUUAUCCUCUUCUUGCAACCAUUUGCUCUGGGCAAUCCUCAGGUCCCUUGUUACUUCAUUUUCGGCGACUCCCAAGAUGACAAUGGCAACAACAAUUACCUGAACACUACUGCCAAGGCAAAUUAUCCACCUUACGGCAUUGAUUUGCCGGAAGGUCCAACUGGUCGCUUCACCAAUGGGCGAAACCAAGCGGACUUCAUAGCUGAGCUCCUUGGAUUUGAGGGCUACAUGCCUCCAUUUGCAAAUAUAAAAGGCCAGGACAUCACUAAAGGUGUUAACUAUGCAUCAGCAGCAUCCGGAAUUCUUGACCAGACAGGUCGCCAGCUGGGCGAUAUCGUCAGCCUCAACCAACAAUUGCAAAAUCAUAGAAGAGUAACUUCGCAGCUUGUGAGAUUAAUUGGGAACGAAGCUGCAACAAAAGAAUACCUAGCCAAAUGUUUGUAUACUUUUGCAAUUGGAAGUAAUGAUUACAUCGACAGCUACUUACUCCCAGAAUAUUAUCCUACAAGCCGCCUACGUACUCCAAGACAAUUUGCUAGAAUGUUGAUUAUAGAAUAUUCUCAGCAACUACGGAAAUUGUACAGAUUGGGGGCAAGAAAAAUAGCUAUCUUUGGGCUAGGUUUCCUUGGUUGUGUGCCUGGUUUGUUAUCUAUAGAUGGUACAUGUGUGGAUUCUUUAAAUAGUGAAGUUCAGUUAUUCAAUGAGGAGCUCAAGCCGCUGGUCGAUGAACUGAAUACCGAGUUAAGCGGUGCACAUUUUAUCUAUGUAAAUGUCACAGCAAUCACUUUGAGCACUAUGCCUGCAGUUAGUGCUGGACAAUGCAAUCCUGGACAAAUUCCCUGCAGCAGCAGAAACCAAUAUUAUUUCUGGGAUGAUUUCCAUCCCAGUGAAAUAUGUACCUCGGCCUUGCCAUUAAGGUGGAGUUCUCCUGGAUGUCGUAAUCCGCGAGUGAGCGAUCUUCAUCUAGUUGUUUUGCCGGCGAAUACGAGGCUCUGGGUGCUGAGGAGGGAUUCCAUCAUUCUGUUGAAGCUUGGCCUUGACGACUUGGAUGGUAUCGGAAAUUUCCACCUCAAGAACAAUGGUCCUGCUGCUUUGGGAUUUGACGAAGAUCUGCAUGCUUGCCCGGAAUGGACUUAG